UGAGGCCGAGCGCACACACCACUACAGGCAGUGACUUUAAUGUCUGAGUUUAAAACACACACACACACACACACGCACGCACGCGCGCGCACACGCACACACAUCAGCGACGUUCACAUGAGUCAACAGGAAUGUGUGCUGAGCAGCUGUAUCCAGGACACAUCAGCACUGUGAGCUAACAUUCAUUAGCUACUCUCAGUAUGAGCAGGAAACCUCUAACUUAGCCUCAGAGCGACGGACUAACUCUUCGCUAGCUGAACGCUAAAGGUGUUAGUUCACUUUUCGCUGUACGUCGUGUCCCUGGUGUUUAUCCCUAUGUGGGCUAGCUUUCGUUAACACCAUCAGAAAAAGGCUGCGAGUGCUGAAAUCCAGUGGAUAUUUCACGUGGUUCACGUGAACACAACUUAGAUUUUGGUUGACUUUGAAUCAAAGGAAUUUCUGCUUGAGUAGAAAUAAGCGUUGGACUCACCUACAUCAAGGAGCUGAAUGGCCUCCGUUGUAGCAGUGAAAACUGAGAAGCGACCUGCAGCUGAUUCUCAGGAUGCAGAUUCAAAUGCCAAAAAGCCCAGGAAACUGCUGCCCAGCCUGAAGACCAAGCGGGCCCCUGAGCUGGUCCUGGUGAUUGGCACAGGGGUGAGCUCUGCAGUUGCCCCUCAGGUCCCGGCACUCCGCUCAUGGAAGGGCCUCAUCCAGGCCUUGCUUGAUGCGGCCAAUGACUUUGACCUACUAGAGGAGGAAGAAAGUCGGCGUUUCCAGAAACACAUGCAGGAAGACAAGAAUUUGGUGCAUGUGGCCCAUGACCUCAUUCAGAAACUUUCCCCGAGAACGGGCAACGUACGAUCCACAUUUUUCAAGGACUGUCUGUACGAGGUGUUCGACGACUUGGAGUGCAAGAUGGAGCAUGCAGGGAAACAUCUGCUGCGCUCGGUGCUGCAGUUGAUGGAGAGUGGGGCGCUGGUCCUCACCACCAACUUCGACAACCUGCUGGAGAUAUACGCGGCUCACCAGGGCACCAAGCUAGAGUCUUUGGACCUGACGGAUGAGAAGAAGGUGUUGGAGUGGGCUCAGGAGAAACGGAGGUUAAGUGUGCUGCAUAUCCACGGUGUUUACACCAACCCCCGUGGGAUCGUGCUGCACCCUGCUGGCUACCAGAAUGUACUGAGGAACACUGAGGUCAUGCGUGAGAUACAGAAACUGUACGAGACCAAAUCCUUUGUGUUUCUCGGCUGCGGGCGCACAGUGGACGACACCACCUUCCAGGCUCUGUUUCUGGAGGCAGUCAAACACAAGUCGGACCUGGAGCACUUCAUGCUGGUGCGGCGCGAAGAUGUGGGCGAGUUCAAGAAGCUACGCGACAACAUGCUGGACAAGGGAAUCAAAGUCAUCUCCUAUGGAGACGAGUAUGCCGACCUGCCCGAGUACUUCGAGAGGCUGGCCAAUGAGAUCUGCAACCGCGACGUGUCCACCAACGGCUGGGGAUCUCCCUCCCAAAAUGGGGAAGAGCAGCAGAAUGGUUUCAACACACAAAAAAGCCUCCUUCAAGACUUUCAUUCCUGACAGACACACGGUCGGGAUCGCUAUCAGUCAUUUUCCUCCACAGCUCCGCCGUGAGAGAUCAGUGUAUUUCGAGUAUUACUUGAUUCUGAUUCAGAAUUAGGAAUCCCUGGAACACUGUGGGCCAUAAUAGACCUUAAAGCUGUUGUUGUCUAUAUGUUUGCAGAAUGUCCACUUUUUCCCUUUUUUUUUUUUUAAAUUAGUUUUUAUUUUAAAAAGGGAAAGGAAAAAUGUAAGGCCCAAUGCCACAGCUCCCACUGUACUGCACGUUAAUAUGCUGAACCCUCAACAUUUGGGUGAACUCCAGUUUUUAUGUUGGUGAUGAUGCAAUGCUAUGCUGCUCAGAUUUGGACACACAUUAAACAGUAAAACAAACUGCCUCCUCAUGACCUUGACUGCCCGGAUAUGAGAGGCUCUAGGUGCAAGCUGUAACGCACAUCACAUGCUCUUAACUGAAAAAUACAAGUCUCGAUGAUAUGUAAGAUUUGAUUGUAUCUGUCAUGCUCAACCCUGAAACCAGGAACACUUGAUUUGCACAUUACUGGAUGAGGGAAUGGGAAUGGUGGAAAUUAUUCUCCGUCAUGGAUAGUUACAACAAGUCUGUCCUCUUUUCAUAGCAGAGACUCUCUGCCAGUUGCAAUCACUUUUCCACUCCUGUGCUGAAAAUAAAAAAAAUGUUCUUUGUAAGCCUUUUUUUUGUAUUUUUAAUACUUGCAUGUGUUUUCUGACAGUAUUUAUAAAUACUAUUUUCAAAAUAAMGCUUUUGGUAUCCCA